UAGUUUCAAAUUCCAUCUCACAUAUAGUCAUUUCAAAUUCUCUCACUUGCCCUAAUUUUCUCUCUCCUACUCUAUUUCCCUUUCCCGACAUUUUCUCUCUCCUCCAUUGAAGCAGCUCGUGAGCUUGCCCGAUAUUUCCUCUCUCCUCCAUUAAAGCAACUUCUGAGCUUUAUCUACUCCAUCAAAGUGUACUCUGGAUUCCCUACUGAAGCGGCGCGUGUGAACAUCCAUCAUUGAACCGGCUUGUGAGCUUUUUAUCCUCCAUUGAAUCAGCUUCUGAGCUGAGAGUUGUGAUUGGAUGACCAUCUUCAGUGGCUGUUAACAGAAAUCUAACCCCAUUUUCACCCAAUUUUCUGAAAAAUGGCUUUGGUGGUGAUCUGUGCGCAGCCAUGCAGUGGAAAAUCAACUGCUGCAACAUGCCUAGCUGAAGCUCUUAGAAACUCGGAGUCCACACUAAAUGUUAGGAUUAUCAAUGAAACUUUCUUUCACUUAGAUCGCAACCAAGGUUACGCCAAUAUGACUGCUGAGAAGAAUAUAAGGGGGGUACUGAGGUCUGAAGUUGAUAGAUCUGUGUCUAAAGACAGUAUUAUUAUAGUAGACUCCUUGAAUAGCAUAAAAGGUUAUCGAUAUGAGUUAUGGUGUUUGGCACGUGCAGCAGGAGUAAGAUAUUGUGUAUUAUACUCUGAUGUGGAAGAAACUGAUUGUCGAAAAUGGAAUGAGGAUCGCAAAGAAAAAGGUGAAGCAGCAUAUGAUGAGAAUGUCUUUGAAGAUCUAGUGAGAAGGUUUGAGAAACCAGAAAGUAAAAAUAGAUGGGAUUCUCCUUUGUUUGAGCUACAGCCAUCCAAAGAUCAGAUAGAAAAAUCAUCGCCUGCCAUUGUGGAUGCUGUCUCAUACUUAACAAAAAAGGUAGACUCGAAAACUAGGGAUGUCAAAAUUUUGCAGCCUACAAUUGCUACGCAAAGUGGACGAACUUCAGAGGCAAAUUCCCUAUAUGAGAUGGACCGGGCAACACUAGAGAUAAUGAAUGCCAUCGUAGCAGCUCAAUCUCAGGCACUUGGAGGACCCCUUAAUGGAAUCACCAUUGGUCAGGGAUUACCAACCAUUAACAUUCAAAAUGUAGUUGGAUUACCUGAAUUACGUAGACUUCGUAGAACUUUUAUAAAAUUGACGGGGCAAACUAGCUUAAGUGGUCGGCCCCCUCCUGCUGAUGCAGAAAGUGCAAAAAGGAUGUUUGUGGAUUAUUUAAACCGUGAAUUGGGAACCUAGUAUACAAACGUACGUUGGAAAUGGAUCCUUCAGAAGACAUUCCAGAGCUUCAUCUGCUGCACUCAUAAUAAAUCAGUUUACUUGGUGCUCUGGAGAAGACAAACUUUGGUAAAAGCCAAUUGUACACUGUUGUAACAUUGCUACAUUAUUUUGCUCCCUCCACAUUUUUGUUCAGCAUAUUUCUGUUUCUAUGAAACAUAUUUAUUGCCAAAAAUGUACUGUAAUAUUUGUUCGCCAACAUUACAAAAACUCUGAAUACAUUACGCUGUGCUGCUCAGCUUUACAGGAAUACACAGUACGUGGCGGCCCCAAUGAGAGUAUUCACAUGGUUGCAGUUAUAUGAACAGCUCAGAAUAAGCACGAAUUUGCCUGCAACGUUAAGAAUCUUUGAGCUUUCGCAAUCCUGAUUCUACCUUUUUGUCUAUUUUAAGCUGUAGUUAUGUUCUUGUCGGAGUAAUGAUUUAAGCCUCGCUCCUUUAUAAUUACACUCCUUUUUGAAUAGAUAGCGUUAGCAUAAACUGCAAUACUCAUUAUUGCCAUCAUAUUUGAACAUGACAAUUGCAUUCACUCUCGCGUGCACGAGCUUGAGCGUAUGUUUGCCAAUUGUGUGUGCCGUGUGGACGUUCUUUGUAUUGUUUAAAUACCCUUAUGUAUCAAUUAGUGAUACUCGUAUUAUGUAAGUCGAUUUCGUUUUGAAAACUUUUGGAAAAAUUAACAUAAAUAAUCCCAAUUAUUGACCACCUUUUCAUUUUAAUCUCAAUAACACUUUAACUCGAGAUAAUUCUAACUAUUAAUUUACCCUUCUCACAUUAGUUUUCAUGUUUGGAUAACCUAUUAAACCGGUUAAAAGUAUGAUGUGUCACUUUAAGAUUGAUUUGCUUUUAAAAUAAUAAUACAAAAAAAAAAAA